GAAUGGAGAUGCCCAAGCCUCAGCAGCUCAGCUCAGCUCGCACCACAACCCUUACCGUUAAGCAACAGCUAGCUAGCAAUGGCGGCGGUGCACGUCAUCGUAGAAGGCGGCAGCAGCAGCUCGCCUCAGCAUCAGCAUCAGCAAUGGCGGCUCACGCUCGUCCUGGCAGUUGUCGUCCCUCUGGUCUUCCUCAUCCUCCUCGCAAGAACAAGAACACGAAGAAGAGCAAAGAGCGGGAGCAGCACGGAGAAAGGGCGGCGCCUCCUCCACCUGCCGCCGGGCCCUCCGACGCUGCCGAUCCUGGGCAACCUGCACCAGCUGGGCGCGCUGCCGCACCAGAGCCUACGCGAGCUGGCGCGCCGCCACGGGCCCGUCAUGCUGCUGCGCCUGGGCAGCGUGCCCACGCUGGUGGUGUCGUCGGCGGAGGCGGCGCGGGAGGUGAUGAAGACGCGCGACGCCGACUGCUGCAGCCGCCCCGACACGCCGGGGGCCCGGCGCCUCUCGUACGGCCACAAGGACGUCGCCUUCUCGCCCUACGGCGACUACUGGCGCGACAUGCGCAAGCUCUUCGUCGUCGAGUUCCUCAGCGCGCGCCGCGUCCGGGCCGCCGACUACGCCAGGGAGGCCGAGGUUGACAAGCUGAUCGGCAGGUUGAGCUUGAGCAGCAGCGCCGGCGGCAGGCCCGUGCGGCUGGAGGACCACAUCUUCAGGCUCAUGGACGGCGUCAUCGGCACGGUGGCGUUCGGGAACAUCUACGGCACGGAGCAGUUCGCGCACAAGAAGCACUUCCACGACGUGCUGGACGAGGCCAUGAGCGCCAAGGCCGGCUUCUCCGCCGAGGACUACUACCCGAACGCCGCCGGCCGCCUCUUGGACCGCCUCACCGGCGCCGCCGCCCGCCGCGAGAGGGUGUUCAGGGACCUCGACGCCUUCUUCGACACCAUCAUCGACCAGCACCUGGUGAACCCGCCGCCCUCACGCGCCACGACGCCCGGCGGCGCCGGCCACGGCCCCGACCUCAUCGACGUCUUCGUCGACCUCAUGGAGAUGGAGGAGCGACAGGUCGACGGCUCUUUCCGCUUCACUAGAGACCACAUCAAAGGCCUUCUCUCGAACGUGUUCACUGCUAGCGUGGACACGAGCUCGGUGACCAUGGUGUGGGCGAUGGCGGAGCUGAUGCGAAGGCCGGCGAUGCUGAGGAAGGCGCAGGAGGAGGUCCGGUCCGUAGUGGGCGGCGGCGGCAGGGAGACGGAGAGGGUGCACCCCGACGACGUGGCGAAGCUCAGGUACCUGAAGGCGGUGGUGAAGGAGACGCUGCGGCUGCACCCGGCGGCGCCGCUGCUGCUGCCGAGGGAGACGCUGCGGCAAGUCAGCAUCUGCGGGUACGACGUGCCGGCCAAGACGCGGGUGCUGGUCAACGCGUGGGCCAUCGGCAGGGACCCCCGCAGCUGGGGGGACAGGCCCGAGGAGUUUGACCCGGACAGGUUCAACGACGGCGGCGGCGUGGGCUUCAACGGCACGCACUUCGAGCUCGUCCCCUUCGGCGCCGGUCGCCGGAUGUGCCCUGGCAUGGGCAUGGGCGUGGCCACCGUGGAGUUCACGCUCGCCAACCUGCUCUACUGCUUCGACUGGGAGCUCCCGGACGGGGUGGGGGUCGACGACGUGAGCAUGCAAGAGGCCGGAGGGCUCUCCGUCCACAAGAAAACGCCGCUCCUGCUCGUCCCGACUAGAUACAAAUGUCGAUCUCGAGAUCAGAGUCUCGUCAGUACUCAGUAGUCGUGCCAGUGCUUAAUUAUAGUAUUAGCUACUGCAUGCAUGAUGAUGAGUAGUGAUGACCAUUUUAUUAAUUAGCAACCCUUGCAUUAUAUAUAUUAUUACAGCAGAAAAAACACUAGCUAGCCAUAGCUAGCUCUUAGACGAGAUUUAUAUAUACUAAGGGUCUGUUUAGAUUUGAAAUUUUUUGGCCUAAAGAGAAUUCUUUUUGUGGAAUUAGAGCCUGAGAACUAAACGGGGUCAAAAAAAAAAUUUGGGACAAAAAAUUUGGGCUGCAACUGUGCACACACUCCAAUGGAAGCUCACCAAUGACAAGGAGCAUAGUAUGUAGCGUUCAUGAAUUAAAUUAAGCGAGGGUCACCUGUGUACAAGAGAGAUAUUGUAAUACUGUAGCUGUAGAUGGUAUGGUACUGGGUAAUUGUUUUGAUAUAUGAAAUAAUAAUGGUGUCAUGCAUACCUUA